UCUCAGAAGACGGGGGUUUGUGCGGGUGCGGGUGUGGGUGCGUGGUUUGGACAGGUGAAAUGAAAGUACCAAGCCCAAAACCCUAAAGAAGAAGAAGAAAGAAGAGUAAUGGAGGGUUUACAGAAGGCGUACCGUUCAAUUUCUCAAGAUUCUAGAUUGGGUCUUCCUUCGUCUUCGUCUUCCUACUCCUCCGCCUCCUCUUUGUCAGCCGAUCAAUCUGGAGUCCUGGUGACCAGGCCGCCCAGACGAGCUGUGUCACUCCAGACAUGCUCAAAGCUUUGUGCAGUUUGCUUUGUUGCUGGUGUAGUAGUUGGUUUCAUCUUGAAGCGACGUGUUCGGCGGUGGGCCUCUAAAGUUCUCAAGAGAAUUAAAGAUGAUUAAGGCUACAUAGAUAGUCCUGAAAGUUCCAUGCUGUUUUAUUGUUAUCCUUGCGGGAUCUAUAUAUGGGCAAACUAUUAAUUUGGUAAGUUUCAGUUGAAAUAUCCAGUAUCUUAUGUUUGUUAUUGGGGAUGAGGAUUUGAAUUAGGGGAAAGCUUUCAGCAGAGGUAAGAGGAUCAAUCUGUUGCUUUUGUUUUCAAGUUCAGCGCGAACCACUUGAAACAUACAGAGUAUCAAAUUGUUUUUUAGGGAUUGACGGGUUUCUUUUUCUUUUUGCUCGGUAGAGAUUGACAGUUUUCAAUCAUGGAGAAGCUUGUAAACUGUAGUUACUUGAGCCUCAAUAUCAUUUACUUGAUGUGUAAGUUUUUUGCUCA